ACGGCGCUGCUCUACUCUUGGAAAUUUCAAUUGUCUGGGUGACUGAUUCUAUUACAAUCUGAUACAAUUUCGCAUAGACUUUAAUAGACCAAAGUUCUCUCCCCUCCGUCGCGAAUUCCGAUCAUCCCUUUCUUCAUAAUAAUUUUUCCCCCAUCUCGCCAGACAUAGGACGUUCAUAAACGGCCGAGAAAAGAAAGAAGAAAAGUAAACCGAAGGAACCAGGAGCUUACCGAUAGAUAUCCACCUCCUCACUCAGCACCAGCAUUUGAGUUUACUCUACAUCAUCAGCGACAACCCACAAUACCCUCCCUACGCUCAGAUCCUCGGACCUCUCGACCAUUCUUGAAAUGUCGAAAGAGAACGGUGACCUGCCCAACUAUGGGCCCUCAGACUACAUCAAGUUCUUUGGAGCCGGCGCUCUCGCCGCAACACUCACACACGGCGCCGCCACACCCAUUGACGUCGUCAAGACCAGGAUACAGGUCGACGACGCCAUGAAGGGCCUCAAUAUGAUCAAAGCAGGCCGCACGAUCGUAGCCAAGGAGGGCGCCUCUGCCCUCCUCACGGGAUUCGGCCCGACGGCGGUGGGCUACUUGGUGCAGGGCGGCGGCAAGUUCGCUGGCUACGAGUUCUUCAAGAAGCAGUUCAUCGGCAUGACCGGUUCGGCAGAGGCGGCCACGAAUCACCGGACGGCCAUCUACCUGGGCGCCAGCGCGACGGCCGAGUUCUUUGCGGACAUUGCCCUGUGCCCGCUCGAGGCGACGCGUAUCCGCCUCGUAUCGCAGCGCGGAUACGCGAACGGCCUGGCCACAGGGUUCAUGCGUAUGGCCCGUGAGGAGGGUUUCCGGGGCUUCUACUCUGGCUUUGUUCCUUUACUUUUCAAGCAGGUGCCCUACGCCGUGGGCCAGUUCUCGGUCCACGAGGCCGCCAACGAGAUGAUCUACCGCGCCAUGGGCCCCGAGAAAAAGGCAUCAUUGACCAACCUCCAGCAGACCGGCGUCGAGCUCACCUCAGGUCUGGUCGCCGGUGUCGCGGCCGCCGUCUUGUCGCACCCAGCCGACACGCUGCUGUCAGCCAUCAACAAGGGCGCAGGGGACAAGAGUCAGAGCACCACAGGGAGGAUGUUCUCACUGGCGCGCGAGUUUGGGCCCAAACGGCUGAUGUUCACGGGCUUGGGCCCUCGUAUCGUCAUGACCUGUGGGUUAGUAGCUGGUCAGUUUGUCAUCUAUGCGCAGUGCAAGACGCUGGUCGGUGCACCGCCUGGUAUUGAAAUUCACAAGGAGGAGUCGCUUUAA